UCCGGGAGCACAGGCAGAGCGCGCAGCCGUCGGGCCGCCGCCCACCCCAGCGACGACGAAGCCAUGGACCAAGCGUCGUGGCCCCGUGCCGAGCGUGUGCGCCGCGACUGCAGCCCUGAAGCCCGGCUCGCGCAGGACGGGCUCCCUUGCCCUACCGGUGUCUUUCAGGUUGCAGAAAAGAUGGAAAAAAGGACAUGUGCACUCUGCCCCAAAGAUGUCGAGUAUAGUGUCCUGUACUUUGCACAAACAGAGAAUAUAGCUGCUCAUGAAAAUUGUUUGCUGUAUUCUUCAGCACUUGUGGAAUGUGAGGAUCAUGAUCCAUGGAAUCGUGACAGGAGCUUUGAUGUGGAAUCAGUAAAGAGAGAAAUCCAGAGAGGAAGGAGGCUGAAAUGCUCACAUUGUGGUGACAAAGGAGCCACCGUGGGAUGCGACAUAAAGGCUUGCCCCAAGUCAUACCACUUUUUCUGUGCCAAGAAGGACCAUGCAGUUCUACAAACUGAUAAAGCUCAAGGAACUUAUAAUUCUUUGAAAUUGCAUAUUUUCAGAUUGUUAUGCCAAAGACAUGCUUCAUCACUGGGCAUCCCUUCGAGUGGUAAGCCUCCAGAAAAGAAAAGAAAAAGAGGAAGGAAGAAAUAUCUCCCGACAGACAUUCAUUUACAGGCACCUGAAACAAUGAAAUCAAAUACAUCCAUGAGACAAAUGAAGGAAGAGCCCGGCAGACACACAGAUGCAACUGUGAAAGUUCCUUUCCUUAAGAAAUGUAAGGAAGCAGGACUUCUUGAUGACUUAUUUGAAGAAAUAUUAGACAAACUUCAUUUGAUUCAAGACAGACUCAUGGAUGAGAGGACUUCAGAAUCAGAGUAUGAAGAAAUGGGGACUUCACUUUUUGACUGUAGAUUGUUUGAAGACACAUUUGCACAUUUUAAAGCAGCAAUAGAGAAUAAAAUUCGUGAAUCUCAAGAAAGGCUGCAGAAGCUAAAGGAAGAGAUUGAGCUAUUUCAGGACCUAAAAAAAAGCUUGGGUUCUUUUCAAGAAAAUAGAGACCUUAGGUCAAGUUCCACAUCCAUAUCGUCCCUGUCUUCUUAAGGAUUACCAUUUCCUAAACCAGAUGUCAGGAAAAAUGGCCAUCAGGCUCAUAACCAGAGAUCUAUGAAAAACCACUUCUUCAGGACUAGGCCUCUUACCUCACCCUGGGCCUGAACUGCAAUUCCCACCAGCUCUUACCUCUUCUUGCCAACGGGGUGUUUAUUGCCCCUCCUCUGUCUUCAUCUCACUUUUACGUGCCCUCUCCACCAAAAUGUUUCUCAGAUUCUGCUUCAGUUAAUUGGAUCCUGUCCCCCAUCUCUCCCACCCUCUGCACUUAAAAUCCUGUGGGUGGCCUCUUGCUGGUGCAUUCCCUCCCCCCACGGUGACCUAAGUGGAUUCCAGUAACAUACCAGGUGCUACUAACCCAGGGCCUUUGCAUAUCCCUUGUGAAGUCUUAACUCCUCUUUCAUCUUUGCCUACCUGCUCCUCCUGCAGAUCUCACUAUAAAUCUCCCUUUAUUCCCUCUGAGAGGACUUUUCCUUCACAUCAUUUCUCAGUGUGACCGUAUCUUACAUCACACUAAUAGAGUACAAGCUCUCUGAGGGCAGAAACUCACCAUUCCUGUGUUUUGCUCACUCUCACAUUUCCAACACCUACCAUGCUCAUUAAAUGUUUGUAGACAAAUGCAUAAAAUGCUCUUAACUGCUGAGACUAGUUCCAUAAUGGGACCGUAAUGGAUGCUGGAUAUAAUAAAUUUGAAUGUACUACUUUACUUGUAACAAAUUGACCGGUCUUCAUGUCACAAAGUCUACU